AAAAAAAAAUAAUAAUAAUAAAAUAAAGAAAAAUACUUAAUUGCCUCGAGACUACAAGGAAGACGAAUCUGUGUCCUACAGAACAGAGAGCAGAAAACCCAAAGUUUCUUUCUUGUACUGGCACUCCACUCUGAGAAAAGGGAUUCUUUUAUUCUUCUCAAUUCUUAAUCCUCUCUGUCUCAGGAGGAUAAGAUGUCGAGGUUCCAUGUGGGCGGGAAAGUGGUGGAAAGAGUUGAUUUGUUGAGGAAGAAGCACUGGGCAUGGCGGUUGGAUGUAUGGCCUUUUGGUAUUCUCUAUGCUGUCUGGCUGGCUACCAUUGUUCCCAGCAUAGACAUUGUGGAUGCUGCCAUCGUUUUAGGUGGCUUUGUGGCUCUUCACAUCUUGGUCCGGCUUUUCACAGUUUGGUCCGUUGAUUUCAAAUGUCUUGUCCAAUAUGCUAAGGUCAAUGAUAUUCACCAGGCAGAUGUAUGCAAAGUAACUCCAGCAAAAUUUUCUGGUUCUAAAGAAGUUGUGCCACUUUAUUUUCGUAAGUUGGCAGAUUCAUCAGGCCUAACAGAUACAGAAGAGAUUUACUUUGAUUUUAGAAAGCAGCGCUUCAUUUAUUCAAAGGAGAAAAACACCUUUUGCAAGCUUCCUUACCCUACGAAGGAAACAUUUGCAUACUACCUGAAAUGCACUGGCCAUGGCUCUGAAGCUAAAGUUGUUUCUGCAAUGGAAAAAUGGGGACGAAAUGUAUUUGAAUAUCCACAACCUACGUUCCAGAAAUUAAUGAAAGAAAACUGCAUGGAACCCUUCUUUGUAUUUCAGGUGUUUUGCGUGGGACUCUGGUGUUUGGAUGAAUAUUGGUAUUACAGUUUGUUCACGCUUUUCAUGUUGUUUAUGUUCGAGGCGACAAUGGCAAAAAGUAGGUUAAAGACUCUAACUGAGCUGAGACGCGUUAGAGUAGAUAACCAGACCCUAAUGGUGCAUCGUUGUGGGAAGUGGGUGAAACUCUCUGGUACUGAACUUUUGCCUGGGGACGUUGUUUCAAUUGGACGCUCUUCUGGUCAGCAUGGAGAAGAUAAGUCUGUACCUGCAGACAUGCUCUUGUUGGCUGGAAGUGCUAUUGUUAAUGAAGCCAUUCUCACAGGCGAGUCUACACCCCAAUGGAAGGUUUCAGUCAUGGGUAAAGGAAGUGAAGAGAAACUAUCGGCAAAGAGAGAUAAAAGCCAUGUUUUAUUUGGUGGGACAAAAGUAUUGCAGCAUACUCAGGAUAAGAGCUUUCCUCUAAAAGCUCCUGAUGGUGGCUGUGUGGCUGUUGUUCUAAGAACUGGAUUUGAAACAAGUCAAGGGAAACUGAUGCGAACAAUUUUUUUUUCUACAGAGAGGGUUACUGCUAAUAGCUGGGAAAGUGGACUUUUCAUUUUAUUCUUAGUUAUAUUUGCAAUUAUAGCUGCUGGAUAUGUUCUAAAAAAGGGCCUGGAAGAUCCCACUAGAAGCAAGUACAAACUUUUUCUUAGUUGUUCACUCAUCAUUACAUCUGUGAUUCCUCCUGAGCUGCCAAUGGAAUUAUCUAUAGCUGUGAAUACAUCUCUGAUUGCACUGGCACGGCGAGGAAUAUAUUGUACUGAACCUUUUCGUAUUCCUUUUGCUGGGAAGGUGGAUAUAUGUUGUUUUGACAAAACUGGAACACUUACAUCAGAUGACAUGGAGUUCCAUGGAAUUGUUGGGUUGACUGGAAAUACUGAUAUAGAGUCUGACACAACUAAAUUGCCAGUGCGAACAGUAGAGAUUCUGGCUUCUUGUCAUGCAUUGGUUUUUGUGGACAACAAGCUGGUUGGUGAUCCUCUAGAAAAGGCUGCGCUGAAAGGAAUAGACUGGACAUAUAAAUCUGAUGAGAAAGCCAUGCCAAAGAGGGGGGGUGGCAGUGCUGUUCAGAUUAUUCAGAGACACCACUUUGCUUCCCAUUUGAAAAGAAUGGCAGUUGUUGUUCGCAUUGAGGAGGAAUUUUUUGCUUUUGUGAAGGGUGCUCCAGAAACUAUUGAGCAUAGGCUCACUGAUAUACCAUCAUCAUAUGUGGAGACUUACAAGAAAUAUACACGACAAGGAUCACGGGUUCUGGCACUUGCUUUCAAGUCCCUUCCAGAUAUGACAGUUAGCGAAGCCAGAAGCUUGGAUAGGGAUCUAGUGGAGAAUGGCCUUACAUUUGCUGGUUUUGCGGUAUUCAACUGUCCUAUAAGACCAGAUUCAGCAGCUGUCCUAUCUGAACUGAAAGGAUCAUCUCAUGACUUGGUGAUGAUUACUGGGGACCAAGCUCUGACUGCUUGCCAUGUUGCUAGCCAAGUUCAUAUUGUAUCAAAACCAGCUUUGAUUCUUGGUCCAGCAACGAAUGGUCAAGGAUAUGAGUGGAUAUCACCAGAUGAGAAGGAAAGGAUCCAUUUCAGUGAGAAAGAGGUUGAAGCUUUAUCAGAGACGCAUGAUCUAUGUAUUGGAGGUGACUGCUUUGAAAUGUUACAACAGACAAAUGCUGUUCUACGGGUCAUUCCAUACGUGAAGGUUUUUGCAAGAGUUGCUCCUGAACAAAAAGAACUCAUCAUGACCACUUUUAAAACCGUGGGAAGGGGAACUUUGAUGUGUGGUGAUGGAACUAAUGAUGUUGGAGCUCUGAAGCAGGCUCAUGUGGGAGUUGCCCUGUUGAAUGCGGUGCCUCCUACUCAAACUGGAAACUCUUCUUCAGAAGCAUCUAAAGAUGAAAGUACCAAGUCUGGCAAAUCUAAGAAAUCAAAACUUGCAUCCGAAGCAGCGGGAAAAUCUUAUAGCCACGGUGGAGAAGGCUCUUCGAAAGGCAAAGUUGCUACAAGAUCUGAUUCUACCAACCAAUCUGCUGCUAAUCGCCACUUGACAGCUGCAGAGAUGCAACGCCAGAAGCUAAAGAAACUUAUGGAUGAGCUGAAUGAGGAAGGUGAUAGUCGUGCAGCACCCGUUGUCAAGCUUGGUGAUGCUUCCAUGGCAUCACCCUUCACAGCAAAGCAUGCAUCAGUUUCCCCAACCACUGACAUAAUUCGUCAAGGCCGCAGUACUCUAGUGACUACCCUCCAGAUGUUCAAAAUUCUUGGCCUUAACUGCCUUGCCACAGCAUAUGUGUUGAGUGUCAUGAAUUUGGAUGGAGUCAAACUUGGGGACAUCCAGGCUACAAUCAGUGGUGUAUUUACAGCAGCCUUCUUCCUAUUUAUUUCGCAUGCCCGACCACUCCCAACCCUUUCAGCUGCUCGUCCUCACCCUAAUGUCUUUUGCUCGUAUGUCUUGCUCUCUCUCUUAGGACAAUUUGCUAUCCAUCUGUUUUUCUUAAUCUCGUCGGUAAAAGAGGCAGAAAAAUACAUGCCUGACGAAUGCAUCGAGCCAGACUCAGAUUUUCAUCCCAACCUGGUGAAUACGGUUUCAUACAUGGUGAGCAUGAUGCUUCAGGUGGCCACCUUUGCUGUGAACUACAUGGGGCAUCCAUUUAACCAGAGCAUACCAGAAAACAAGCCAUUCUUGUAUGCCCUCUUGGCAGCUGUUGGGUUCUUCACGGUUAUAACUUCUGAUCUGUUGAGAGACUUGAAUGAUUCAUUGAAGUUGGUUCCAUUGCCGGUAGAAUUGAGAAAUAAGCUAAUAGUAUGGGCUUUCAUCAUGUUUAUUAGCUGUUACUCGUGGGAGAGGUUAUUGCGGUUGGCAUUCCCAGGGAGAAUCCCAGCAUGGAAGAAGCGUCAACGCACCGCCGCAGCUAAUUUAGCGAAGAAGAAACGAAUCUGAGAUGACUGAUGAAACGUGUCUGAGAUGACUGAUUCCUUUGUUGAAGCAGAAUGCAUUAUAUACAAACAUUUUGGCAAUGAUCAUACAUUUUGGCACUUAAGCAGCAGAGGCAGAGUUUUUACAAGGGAUAUAGGAAGAAUGGAGUUAGUAGCUCUCUUUAAAUUCUGAAAAAGAAAAUUUUCCCUUGCGUGAUUGAAGAUUUGAUUUUGAUUUCAAUCACUUUUACUUUUUGAGGUGGAUAAUUAAUAGGACGCUAGUCUUUAAACAAAACUUUGAUUUGAGGUGCUUCUAAUAUACUUCAUACUGGUGAAAUGUAAACUCACAGCCCACAAUUGGUGAUAUUAUCACAUUCCAAGAAUUUGUUAUGCAGGUUACAUUUUUGUAUUGUUUUUAUAUAUUCAAAGAGUUUUACUUGA